CCCAUUUGACCAUCUGCAUUGCGCUCAUUCAAAUCUGCUCUGCCUACGCCUCAGAACUUCGACAGAGCAGAUCAGUCACAGUCAGGCUCUACCGUUUCAUUCUCAAUCCAGCCAUACUCAAUUCGCCAGGGCCGGCGAUGCGCGGUUCUGUCAUGAUAUUACGAGCCUGACUGCCUGAAACCCUUCCUUCGGGAUCCGCGAUCACGUCGGUUUAGACUUUCGAUCGAGCAACUUUCAUUCGAACUAUGCCCUCGACACGCGGCUACUAUCAACCUACGGACUCCAGCUUUCCGCACGAAGAGUCUGACUCUGACCUAGAUCUUGAGGUUGGAGAGCUAAGAGAAGCACCAUCCACUGCUCCAAACCUUUCUUCUUCGGUACAUGCAAACCGCUUUGAUGAGGACCUACAAAAUGGCACCAGGAAAGCGGGCACCGCUCUCCGAAGCUUGCGCGCGAAUCGCGGCAGAAGAGGAGACGAGUACCAGGCGGGCUAUGGCCAGUCAAGCUCUCGACGUGGAAGCGAGGAAGCGGAGGGGUUGAUAAAUGAUGACGAUGGCACAGACUUAAGGGACUCGGGGGCAAGCUUUACGGCGACUGAGGAUGAUGUACCACUUCUCCCUCUAUCCAAAUCGGGCCGAAGAAGGCAGCGUGCUGGACUCGGUUCGCCAUCCCACGCAGGAUCCAAAAUAAGACUUCCAAGUUUCAUGUCGAGCGCAUCCAGACCAACUACACCACGGGAAGCUCAGUAUGUCGAAGAGGAGCCCCCCGAAGAGCAUGACCCUUCUUCGACAAGGAUAGUUGCAGUUGGUCAACAGCAAACGUCACGAUUUCCACCAAACGCCGUCUCGAAUGCCAAAUAUACACCAUGGAGCUUCCUCCCGCGCACGUUAUAUAACGAGUUUUCCUUCUUCUUCAACAUGUACUUUCUUCUGGUUGCCUUAUCUCAGAUUAUUCCGCCCCUACGAAUAGGAUAUCUUUCCACAUAUAUUGCACCAUUGGCGUUCGUCUUGACUAUUACAUUGGGCAAAGAAGCACUCGACGAUAUUGCACGUCGACGAAGAGAUGCAGAGGCGAAUUCAGAAGGCUAUACUGUUCUUGGGUUUCAGGUGCCAAUUUUUGAUAGCUCGAUGCGCACCCUAAAAAAGAAGAAAGGAUCAAGGCAUUCUGGAUCUGACGAGACGUCUGUUUCGGUUCACGAGCUUGUCAAGCGUGCUCGCGAUCUCAAAGUUGGAGAUGUGCUUAAGCUUGGUAAGGAUCAGCGAGUUCCAGCUGAUGUGGUCAUUCUCAAGAGUAUGAUGAAUGAAUCCGUGAAGACUUCUAUGGAAGAAAGCCCAGCUGAGCGGCGCGAUUCCGAAAAUUUACUGGAAGGCGCUCUCGAUGAACCCGCCAUUCAAUCUGACAAUGCAAACAAGCCGUCUUCUCAGGACGACGCUGAAGGCGUUGGGGAGACUUUUAUUCGAACCGACCAACUGGACGGAGAGACGGACUGGAAACUCAGGCUUGCCUCGCCUUUGACGCAAGCACUCGAUCCUCAAGAAUUUUUGAAAUUGAACAUCACAGCAGGCAAGCCAGAGAAGGCCGUCAAUGAAUUUGUGGGUACCAUUGAGUAUGCUCCAGAUGGUACUCAACGCAAGAACUCGACCAGCACAAGGAAUCCCGAAAACUCGGACACCACCGACGUCGCCGAUGGCCAGGGCCCUGGGAUCCAAUCAGCGCCUCUGAGUAUAGACAACACUGCAUGGGCAAAUACUGUGCUUGCUUCAAACUCUACGGUUUUAGCAGUAGUCAUCUAUACUGGCCCUGAAACCCGGCAAGCCCUUUCCACCUCGCCGUCGCGUUCAAAGACUGGACUGCUUGAGAACGAGAUCAAUUCUCUCACCAAAAUUCUUUGCUUCCUUACUCUUGCGCUCUCAAUCAUCCUUGUCGCUCUUGAAGGGUUUGAAUCUCCUGAUGGACACAAAUGGUACGUGUCUGUCAUGCGUUUCCUGAUCCUCUUCUCCACAAUCGUCCCAAUAAGUCUUCGGGUGAAUCUCGACAUGGGAAAAUCAGUAUACGCUUGGUUUAUUGAACGCGAUCCGGGUAUACCGGGGGCUGUGGUCAGGACAAGCACGAUCCCCGAAGACUUGGGACGAGUUGAGUAUCUCUUGAGUGACAAGACCGGAACUUUGACACAAAAUGAAAUGGAGCUUAAAAAGAUCCAUGUGGGAACUGUAUCUUAUGCAAAUGAGGCAAUGGAUGAAGUGACAUCCUAUGUCAAACAAGGCUUCUCCCUUCCGCAGCAAACCGAACAUAACGCGCCUUCAGCCCUCAUUACACCUUCCUCCGCAUAUCUAGCGUCUUCUACCACCUCCGCAACCCGUACCCGCCGAGAAAUUGGCUGCAGAGUGCGAGAUGUGGUUUUGGCACUUGCCCUUUGUCAUAAUGUGACACCGACCACAGAGGAAGUAGAUGGCCGCAACGUCACGGCAUACCAAGCUUCGUCGCCUGAUGAAAUCGCCAUUGUACAGUGGACUGAAGCAGUUGGUCUCCGCCUUGUUCAUCGCGACCGGAAAUCCAUCAUGCUCCAAGCUGUGGAUACUGGCCGCAUCGUCGUUCGUGCGCGUAUCCUUGAUGUCUUCCCAUUCACCUCUGAGGGGAAACGCAUGGGUAUCAUUGUCCAAUUCGCUCAAACUUCGGAGAGCUUUUCUGAACCUGCCGGCGAUGAUAGUGAAAUUUGGUUUUAUCAAAAAGGUGCUGAUACAGUAAUGAGCUCAAUCGUUGCUGCCAAUGACUGGUUGGAGGAAGAAACAUCGAAUAUGGCUCGGGAAGGUCUUCGUACAUUGGUUGUAGGCCGCAAGAAGCUAUCGUGGCAGCAGUACAAGGAGUUCUCGACAAGUUUUGCCCAGGCAUCACUGCAACUACAAGGCCGUGACGCUGCUAUGGCUAAAAUUAUUCGAGACUUCCUCGAGCGCGAUCUGGAGUUACUGGGAGUAACCGGUGUUGAAGAUAAGCUGCAGCGGGACGUCAAGCCGUCCCUUGAGCUCCUGCGCAAUGCUGGAAUCAAAAUCUGGAUGCUGACAGGAGAUAAAGUUGAGACUGCUCGCUGUGUCGCUGUUAGUGCUAAACUGGUGGCUCGUGGCCAGUAUGUGCACACCAUUGCAAAACUCAAAAGCAAAGAUCGAGCACAAGACUCACUGGACUUUCUUCGCAACAAGUCCGAUGCCUGCCUCCUUAUUGACGGGGAUUCCCUCGCUUUGAUGCUCACUCAUUUCCGGGAUUCUUUCAUCUCGGUAGCCGUGCGCUUGCCUGCUGUCAUCGCAUGCCGCUGCUCGCCUACUCAGAAAGCCGACGUUGCGAAGCUAAUACGACAACAUACCAAGAAGCGUACAUGCUGUAUCGGCGAUGGCGGUAACGAUGUCUCGAUGAUUCAAGCAGCUGACGUUGGCGUUGGUAUCGUGGGCAAAGAAGGCCGCCAGGCCAGUCUGGCAGCUGACUUUUCUAUUGAGCAAUUUUGCCAUCUUACGAAAUUACUCGUCUGGCACGGACGCAAUAGCUACAAACGAAGUGCCAAGCUCGCACAGUUUGUCAUUCAUCGUGGUCUCAUCAUCAGCGUGUGCCAAACAAUGUUUAGCAUCGCGAGCAAGUUCGAACCUAAUGCCCUCUACAGAGACUGGCUUCUCGUGGGCUACGCCACAGUCUACACCAUGGCACCCGUCUUUUCUCUCGUUCUCGACAAGGAUGUCGACGAAGACCUCGCGAAUCUUUAUCCAGAGCUCUACAAGGAACUCACAGAGGGACGAUCGCUCAGCUACCGCACCUUUUUCAUCUGGGUCUUUGUGUCCAUUUACCAGGGAAGCAUAAUCCAGGGCCUCUCAGAGCUUUUCGUCGACAUUGACGGGCCCCGCAUGGUCGCAGUCAGUUUCACCGUGCUCGUCAUCAACGAACUCAUCAUGGUCGCCAUGGAAAUCACCACCUGGCAUCCUGUCAUGAUCUUCUCGCUGCUUGGCACCGCAUUGAUCUUUUUCGGUAGCAUCCCUUUCCUCGGAGGCUAUUUCGAUCUCGGAUAUGUUGUCUCUCUAAGCUUUCUCUGGCGCGUGCUUGCCAUACUGGCAAUCUCUCUUGUUCCGCCGUAUUCUGCGAAACUCUUGCGCAGGAAACUGAAGCCGCCCAGUUAUCGCAAAGUUCGUGGUCUUUGAUCCCGUUGCCUGUAUUCUAGAUAUGGUAUUGUGCUCAUUUUUGUUAUUCUUGUUUAAUGUGUGUUCUCUGGUCAUUUGGCAUUCGCGUUUGAAUAAUUGCAUUACUCUGGCGCUCUGCUCAUUAGAUGAUUAUAUACUUUUGGAAGUAUUACUAGUCUCAAGGGAUUCGUUAUUCAGUCAUGGUGUUACCUUUUUUUCCCCAGCUAGGUGUUGUCCUAAUAGCCACUUUACUUAAUCCACACUAUGAUGAGUUGG